GGCACAGGCCGGGCGGCACCAUGGCGGCGGCGGCGCCUGAUGCUCUUGCGGGUUUUUCCGAGGCGCCGGCUCCGACUGCGACGGCAGAGCCAGCGGCCGGGGGCGAGGACAGUCGUGAGGUCCGAGUGCUGCAGAGCCUGCGGGGCAAGAUCUGUGAAGCGAAAAAUUUAUUGCCAUAUCUUGGACCCAACAAGAUGAGAGAUUGUUUCUGCACCAUAAAUUUGGACCAGGAAGAAGUUUAUCGUACCCAAGUUGUUGAAAAAUCUUUAAGCCCAUUUUUCAGUGAAGAAUUUUAUUUUGAGAUUCCAAGAACUUUCCAGUAUUUGUCUUUCUAUGUUUAUGAUAAGAAUGUUUUACAAAGAGACCUUCGUAUAGGAAAAGUAGCCAUCAAAAAAGAAGACUUGUGUAACCACAGUGGCAAAGAAACUUGGUUUUCGCUACAGCCUGUUGAUUCCAAUUCAGAGGUUCAGGGUAAAGUUCACCUUGAAUUAAAACUGAAUGAACUGAUAACAGAAAAUGGAACUGUGUGCCAGCAGCUUGUUGUACAUGUCAAGGCAUGCCAUGGGUUGCCUCUCAUAAAUGGACAAAGCUGUGACCCUUAUGCAACAGUUUCUCUAGUGGGCCCUUCCAGGAAUGACCAAAAGAAGACAAAAGUAAAGAAGAAAACGAGCAAUCCGCAGUUUAAUGAAAUCUUUUAUUUUGAGGUGACGAGAUCCAGUAGUUACACCAGAAAGUCCCAGUUCCAAGUAGAAGAGGAGGACAUUGAAAAGCUGGAAAUUAGGAUCGACUUGUGGAACAAUGGAAACCUGGUCCAAGAUGUUUUCCUCGGUGAAAUUAAGGUUCCUGUGAACGUAUUAAGAAAUGAUGCCUCUCAUCAAGCCUGGUACUUGCUACAACCAAGAGACAAUGGAAACAAGUCAUCUAAAACUGAUGACCUGGGGUCCCUUCGAUUAAAUAUAUGUUAUACAGAAGACUAUGUGCUUCCUUCAGAGUACUAUGGUCCUUUGAAAACACUGCUGCUAAAAUCACCAGAUGUUCAGCCAAUAUCUGCCUCAGCUGCUUACAUUUUGGGUGAAAUAUGUCGAGAUAAAAACGAUGCUGUUUUGCCCCUUGUACGACUGCUGCUCCACCAUGAUAAACUUGUUCCUUUUGCCACUGCAGUGGCGGAAUUAGACUUGAAGGAAACACAAGAUGCAAACACAAUUUUUAGAGGAAAUUCCUUGGCUACUCGAUGCCUGGAUGAGAUGAUGAAAAUAGUGGGAGGGCACUACCUGAAAGUAACAUUAAAACCUAUUCUAGAUGAGAUAUGUGAAUCCUCAAAAUCCUGUGAAAUUGAUCCUAUCAAAUUGAAAGAGGGAGAUAAUGUAGAAAAUAAUAAGGAGAAUCUGCGCUACUAUGUAGACAAGUUGUUCAGUACAAUUGUCAAAUCAAGUAUGAGCUGCCCCACUGUAAUGUGUGAUAUCUUUUAUUCUCUAAGGCAAAUGGCUACUCAAAGAUUUCCUAAUGACCCUCAUGUUCAGUAUUCUGCAGUGAGCAGCUUUGUAUUUCUUCGUUUCUUUGCUGUAGCAGUAGUAUCACCUCAUACUUUUCAUUUGCGACCUCAUCAUCCAGAUCCACAGACAAUCAGAACAUUAACUCUCAUCUCGAAAACUAUUCAGACUUUGGGAAGCUGGGGGAGUCUGUCCAAAAGCAAGUCAAGUUUCAAAGAGACAUUCAUGUGUGAAUUUUUCAAAAUGUUUCAAGAAGAAGGAUAUAUUACGGCAGUUAAAAAGUUCUUGGAUGAAAUUUCAUCUACUGAAACUAAAGAGUCCAGUGGUACAAGUGAGCCUGUGCACCUGAAAGAAGGUGAGAUGUAUAAAAGAGCUCAGGGAAGAACUCGGAUUGGAAAAAAGAAUUUCAAGAAACGGUGGUUCUGCUUAACAAGCAGAGAGCUCACCUACCACAAGCAGCCAGGCAAAGAUGCUAUUUACACAAUUCCAGUGAAAAACAUUCUUGCUGUGGAAAAACUGGAAGAGAGCUCUUUCAACAAGAAAAAUAUGUUCCAAGUGAUACACACGGAGAAACCACUCUAUGUCCAGGCAAAUAAUUGUGUAGAAGCUAAUGAAUGGAUAGAUGUGCUCUGCAGGGUGAGCCGAUGCAAUCAGAACAGACUCAGCUCUUACCACCCCUCCGCGUAUCUAAACGGAAACUGGCUCUGCUGUCUGGAGACCAGUGAAAAUGCUCUUGGCUGCAAGCCAUGUACUGCAGGUGUCCCUGCAGACAUCCAAAUAGAUAUUGAUGAAGACAGAGAAACAGAAAGAAUUUAUUCCCUUUUCACCCUCAGUUUACUUAAGCUGCAAAAAAUGGAAGAGGCUUGUGGAACUAUAGCAGUCUAUCAAGGACCACAGAAAGAGCCUGAUGACUAUUCCAACUUUGUAAUUGAGGAUUCUGUAACAACCUUCAAGACAAUUCAACAAAUAAAAAGUGUCAUAGAGAAGCUAGAUGAACCUCAUGAAAAGUAUAGGAAGAAAAGAUCAAGUAGCGCGAAAUACGGGAGCAAGGAAAAUCCAAUCGGGAAAAUAUUUUAG